UGAGAAAUAAAGUCUUUCAGGUAUUCAACUCCUUCGUACAUGAAGCAGUGUUCCUUGUUGCCAUCGAGGACUUGCCUAAUACCAAACACAAAUAAAAAUCCAACUUCAUUACCACGAAAAGGAAUGAAUAGUGCCCAAAGUUCAAAUGAAAUAAAAGGAUUAAGUAUAAAGAAUUUACCAAAAGAAAUCCUUAUUAUAAUAUUUUCCUUUCUUGAGCCACGUUCAUUAUUAUCGGUUCAAUGCACUUGUAAGUUUUGGAAUAGACUAUUGUCGGAUGAUUUGAGUUGGCGAACUGCUUUUUUUCAUCAUUUUGAAGCCAAUGAGUUUCAUGAAUUUAGUCCUCUAGGCAAUGGAACCUGGAGACAAGAAUACUUAUUGAGGUCGGCUAUAACCAGAGCAUAUGAGCGUGGAAAAGGUCAAACUGUUCAAUACGAUUGUCGUAUAGGAGAUUUGACUGAUUUGUAUUAUGACUUUUUAAGUGGGCGCUUGUUUGCUGGUAACCGGCUUACAGGGUCUAUUUCAGUCUCUGACCCGAAUACUGGUAAAGUAGAGAGAUCCCUAUUGCAUGCUAGCCUAGAUGGAUCCUUAAUUCAUACGCUCACUAUUAUGAACUUAAAUAAACAGAUUUUUGGUUUUGGUUUUGUAGAUGGUCGUGUUGGCGCCAUCAUAAUGACAAGGCAAGCAGAAAAUGGACGGCAAUUUCGAUUCUUUAUGGAUUCUCAUAAUGAUGCUAUAACUUGUAUGGAUGUUUAUUCUGGUGACCUUCCUCCAGUGGGAGAAGUAGGUAUGGUAACUGGUGCUGAUGAUGGAAGUGUCAACUGUUGGGAUGUACGAACAGGAGUUUGUUUGCGGAACUUUAAAUUUGCUACGUCUCAGAUUAUAUCAAUCUGUUAUCGACCUCGGUUUAAGUUUUUAAUUAUCGAUACCUUUAAUUAUGCCACCGGUACCUAUAUGUUAUAUUUAAUUAAUGGACCUCUACAGUCAGUUAAAGUGCGGCCAAUUUUGUUUGCCUGUAGGAAAAGGGUUUUGAAUGAUGCAGAAGAACCUCCUUGCCUAUUAGCAGUAGACGAACCUGCUAAUCAUGUCUUUGUUUCAUUGGGUGCACCAAAGAAUUCUUUGUUAAGGUUUUCAUUUAAUAAUGUCAAAAGCUUUGACUUUGAUCCUUCAAUGGUUGAGUCUUUCGUAAUUCCACUUCAAGGAAACCCUGUGUGUUUGCGUUUAGAUACCAACGCACGGGUUGUAAAUAAGUCGAUUCCUGGAAAUAAUGCUCGAUUGCUAGCUAUUGGUGAUGAUAAUGGCAACGCUUAUAUAGUAAACACUCGAUUUAAAGAGUUUAGGCAUCCGAUAUUAAAAGCGUUUCCUGUGUUUCUUGGUUUUCCCAUCUCCGACCUUUUCAUCAAUGAAGCAGUUAUGGUGGUCGGAUCCUCAACAGGGUUUAGUGCGAUUUAUGACGUUAUUUCAGGAAAUCUCUUACGGAAUUUAUCUGGGGCUAGGAACCCUGCUAGACGCAAUCCAGCACGAUGUAUAGUGUUAGAUUCAAAUCCUCUGAGUCUUAAAGGUGUUAUAAGUCUGGGUAAGCAUGUCAAAGCGUGGUCAUAUGUAAUUUCCAAAUUACAUAUAAAUAGACGAUCCCGGAUUGUUGCCCCAUCCAAACCAUUAAUUGCAUGGGACAGUCCUUCAAGAGUUGGGGAGUACACCAAGAAUGAAGUUGAUAGAGAAAUUAUGCUGGGAUUAAAUCAGAUUGCCGAAGAAAGGCAAGAAAAACAAGAAAGAUUAGAGACUCAACGUAAACUAGCACGGCACUUGAAUGAAGGUUUAGCGGACCUUUCUGAAGAGGAGAUGUUGGCUUAUGCUACUAUGCUGUCACAAGAGGAAGAAAUGAGGCGGAAACAAGAGACUGCUGCUGAGGAGGAGGACUUGUUAAAAAAUGCUGUUACGGAACCGGCAACUCCAUUACCGUCAAGCUCAGAAGCUGGUCCUUCUGAGGCUGUAACUCAAGAUUAUAGCAUUAGCGAAUUAACAGAGGAAGAACAAAUAGAGCUAGCGAUGAGGCUUUCGCUUGAUAAUAGCUAGUAUGACAUUGUAAACUCUGUUAUUUGGUUUGUAAUUUAGUCUUUUUGUAUAUUAACCGUGAGAAAUAAAGGAAAGAAAAAAUAUUUUCCCUUGCUUUAAAAAAGUUUACAGCGGCUAUCUACGAAAAAAAAAUAAAAUAAAAAAAUAAAAAGAAAAAAGGGUCUAAGGAUAAAGGUUUUGUGUUUAGAAGUUAAUGAAUUAAUCCAGUACACUAAAG